CCAGCUCGCCGCGCAAUCUGGACACAUGAAAUGUCAAGGUCGGGUCUGAAGUAUGUACCGCAGUCUGGCCACACCAUCCACACAAUCCACACACACCCACACAAUCCACACCACGCACCACUUCUUCCGCAAAUUCGAGCUUGUUGCCUUGCUUUUUCUGCCUCGCUACCUGGUCGGCGCAGUAACCCAGUCCAGAUUCAGCCUCAGAUAGCAGAAAAGAAGGCCAUUUCUCGUCUCCCUGCGCAAACAAGAGGUGUAUGUCCCGGGGAUGAAUUAAAGCGUGCCGUGCAUCGGGUCGUGACACCCCCCUUCCGGUCGGGCAGAGGCUGUCCGAGAGACGAGGUCAUCUGUCCUUCGGGAUUGCGUAAUCAGUUCAAGGUUAUCAGUGCCCGCUUCCCUACUCCCCCUUUCCUCCAGCCUCUCAACACCCUCCUCGCUCCACAGGCGCCCACGAGGCACGCAGUCGCCGGCUUCACCCAACUCCACUCCACCCCGUCCGGCCUUGAACCGGCCGAUGGGGGACUGUCACUCGACCCAAUUCCCGCCAAUCCCCUCCCGCCGCGCCAACCGAUUCGUCCCACCAGCUCCAUCCGCCAAUAG